AUGAAAUAGUGAGUAAUACAAAGGAGCAAAAAGGAAUUGUAUAAAGGAAGAGGAUGGAAAAUAUAAGGAUGGAAAUUCAGUAGAGGGAGGGAGAAAAAAAGGAUGAAGAGAGGGAUGGGGGAGGAUACAAAUAGAGAUAAAAUUAGAGGCAAACUGAAAAGGCUGUAUAAGAAAAUAAAAUGUGGGGGAGGGAAUAUAGAUGUGGAGGGUUGCAGAGAGAACAGGGCAGAAUAUAGAAAGGGAAAAAGAAGCAGAAUAUAUAAUAGAGCAGAGUAGCACAGCAAAAUAAAAAUAUAGCAAGCAGCAAUUUAAAGGAAAUAUAUAUAUAGAGGUAUGUACAGUGGUGGGAGGAGAAAUACUGAUAAGGGUAUGGAAAACAGCAAGAGGAAAAUAAACAAGGGAAGAGGGUGGUGAGAGUGACAGCUACAGGCAAAGAUAGAGAGGGUGUGUGGAAGUAAGAGACUACAGACCAGAAGACAUGGAGGAUUCCUCAGACUCUGACCCUUUCUGUGGGGAAAUCCCAGCCACCAGGGUUGAGCUUACUGUUUCUUGCAGAAAUCUUCUGGACAAAGACACAUUUUCCAAGUCAGAUCCAAUGUGUGUCUUGUACACGCAGGGUGUAGAAAGUAAGCAAUGGAGAGAGUUUGGACGCACAGAAGUUAUUGAUAAUUCCUUGAACCCGGAUUUUGUUCGAAAAUUCGUUUUGGAUUAUUUCUUCGAGGAGAAGCAGAAUCUGAGAUUUGAUCUGUACGAUGUUGAUGCAAAAAGCCCAGAUUUGUCAAAGCACGAUUUUCUAGGACAGUGCUUCUGCACACUUGGAGAGAUUGUUGGUUCUGCAGGAAGUCGCCUGGAGAAAUCAUUAAUAAUUGGACAAACUGCACCAAAUUCAAGAUCAGGAAGAUCUACUCAGUCGAUGUCAAAUGGUGGCAUUCCCAGUAAGAAGUGUGGUGUCAUCAUCAUAUCAGCAGAAGAACUUAGCAACUGCAGGGAUAUCGCUACAGUGCAAUUUAGUGCCCACAAACUGGAUAAGAAAGACUUUUUUGGAAAAUCUGAUCCUUUCAUGGUUUUUUAUAGAAGCAAUGAAGAUGGGACAUAUACCAUCUGCCACAAAACAGAGUAUGUGAAGAAUACACUGAGUCCUGUUUGGCAGAAAUUCUCCAUUCCAGUAAGAGGGCUGUGCAAUGGAGACUAUGACAGAACUAUUAAGGUAGAGGUCUAUGACUGGGACAGAGAUGGGAGCCACGAUUUUAUUGGUGAAUUCAGCACCAGUUACAGGGAAUUGUCCAAAGGUCAAAGCCAGUUUAAUAUAUAUGAGGUCAUUAACCCACGCAAGAAAAUGAAGAAGAAGAAAUAUGUAAAUUCUGGAACGGUCACACUUCUGUCUUUCACAGUGGAAUCAGAAUAUACUUUUCUGGAUUACAUUAAAGGAGGAACGCAGAUCAAUUUUACAGUAGCAAUAGACUUCACAGCAUCAAAUGGCAAUCCAUCGCAGUCCACGUCACUGCAUUAUAUGAAUCCAUACCAGUUGAAUGCAUAUGCUCUUGCAUUAAAGGCUGUUGGGGAGAUUAUACAGGAUUACGAUAGUGAUAAAUGUUUCCCAGCACUUGGAUUUGGAGCAAAGCUUCCCCCAGAUGGUCGUGUCUCCCAUGAAUUUCCCCUUAAUGGAAGUGCUGAGAACCCACAAUGUAAUGGGAUUGAAGGAAUUCUGGAAGCAUAUCAUAAGAGCUUGAAAUCUGUUCAACUCUAUGGUCCCACAAACUUUGCUCCUGUGGUGAACAGAGUGGCCAGAUUUGCUGCUGCUGUGCCGGAUGGCUCUCAUUAUUUUGUUCUUCUCAUUAUCACUGAUGGGGUCAUUUCAGAUAUGUCCCAAACGAAAGAGGCAAUUGUAAAUGCAGCUAUGCUUCCAAUGUCCAUAAUUAUUGUAGGUGUUGGGCAAGCUGAAUUUGAUGCCAUGGUGGAAUUAGAUGGUGAUGAUGUAAGAAUUUCAUCACGGGGAAAGCUGGCAGAAAGAGAUAUUGUACAGUUCGUUCCUUUCCGGGAUUAUGUUGAUCGCACAGGUAAUCAUGUGUUAAGCAUGGCACGACUUGCUAAGGAUGUCCUUGCUGAGAUUCCAGAUCAGCUGAUUUCUUACAUGAAAACAAGAGGCAUCAAACCAAGUUCUGCACCACCACCCUACACUCCUCCAGGGUUGCAGGCACAGAUUUGACCACACCAGCUUGAAAAAGAAAAAAAAGGUUCAGACUUCUGGAGACUGGUCCUAAAAGGACUGUGACUACUAGGUUCCUGGGACUGAAAGUAUUUUUUGGCUCUCAGCUGGCUACCUCGAUGUUUGUUUUCGACUCGUAUGUUUUAGCUAAUGGCACAACAUGGCUAGAGCUGAUAAAUUCUGAGUAGGAGUCAAAUAGGUUCCUGGUUUUUGGUUGGCUGAUACAAAGCUUUUUGGGUUUUAUAAUAACCCUUAAACACAUGUUAGAGUUAGAGGAGCCUACCAUUAGUUUUAGAGUCUUCCCACUGAAAUGAUUUUAACAUGUCCUUUAUAUUGCAUUUCCUUUGUAAGUCAUGGAUACCUGUUUCAUUUACUGUAAUCUUUUUUUAUUGGUGUUUUCAAAUUUUAAGGGAAAAACUAAAUAUGCAUAUUAAUUGUACAAAGUUUAAAUAUUGUUACAAUGAAUCAAGUCAUGAAGAUUUCAUACACUACACAAAUCACAAUUCCAUAGACUCAGAGAUGUGCAGCACCUUGGAGUGUCUGUUGAGUGCCAUUUGCAUUUGCAAGAGGCAAUGAUUUUGGAAUUCUUUGCUAUUACUAAAGGAUUAUUAAGACAGAAUCCACAUGGAAAACUAUAACAUUUUCGACAAAUGAUGACAUACUUAAAAACACUACAUUAAUAUCCAUUUUGUAAUACUUGACAACCAUACAAUUAUAAGACACUUUUUUUUCCUACUUAAUAACAAAUGCACUCAAAAGAGUGUUUGUCACUGUUUACAGUUGUAUAUAGUAUUGCCUUUCAAAUGUAUAAUGCUAAAUAGACAAAGAAUAUAAAGAAAAGAAGGUAAAUAGAUAAAGCGGAAUGAAAGAAGCAGUUUUCACAGUUAUAGUAAGAAAGUAAGUAUAGCAUUUGUUAUUGAUUACAGUCAACUCCUUAAAGGUUAUUUAAAUAAAUAACAACACUUACCUACUACAAUUAUGUUAUCUAGGGCUCAGGAGACAAAAGUUGUUGAGAUCCAACAUGUAAUGGCAUCUUUAUGGGUUUAAGGAUGAGUAUUCUAUUAUGUCCUGAUCUGAGAUUUUUAAGACCAUAAACCAUUAGGACAAUUUUACUGAGUAUGAUGUAUGAAAGAAGUAUAAAUCAGGGACACAAAGAUUCCUUCAUAAUUUUUUUUUUCACCUUUGAUCGCAGAAAAAAUAUAUGCAAAAUUCUGAUAUAAAUUAGCAGCAUUAUAUAAUUAUAGAAAAUAUAGUGCUUUGACGUCCUGUUUCGCUUAGCCGCAUUGCUAUAUUUGAGACUGGUUCAUAAAAGUCAUAGGCCUCUUUGGGACCUGGGAAAGUUUAUGUAGACCCAAUCAUUCUCUAAAUAUUUCACAAAGACAUUGUCCAUCACAUAUAUAAGAAAAACACAUACUAUGGGCACAAUACAAUUCUUGGCGCACUGGCUACAUAUAUCAUGCACAAACUAUGGACUUAUUUAAGACUACCCAUUUUUACAGUAGAUGCAACUAUGACAUGGUAGUUGUUUCUUUCUGUAAAAUCCACUCAGGAAUGUUAAUGCACUCAAAACACUGUACAUUAUAGCAUAAUGUCAAGGUCAGUGUUGGAGAUCAUAUCCCCAAACUGUUGCCCUGGAAAAACGAAAUUGAAUGCCCUUUUUUGACUGUUUAUGCCUAUUUUAUGUUUGUUUCAUUUUGCAGGUAGGGUAAUACAGGCUAGCUUGUAGCCCUAUGUGUGGGUAAUAUGGACUACAUCUUGAAAGUUGGACUCUUUGAUGGGGUCCCCUCCUCUGUUAGCUUCCAAUCAUACAUUUUUUGUCCCUGAAUUGGUUCUUAUCACAUAGCAAUACUACAACAUUUAGUAAUUUUGUCAUACAAAAAAAUUCUUCCAAAAAUGUUAAUAUUUAUUUUUAUUUGCUCUGGAUCCGGGGUGCACCAGGGACUGGGAGAAGAUAGAAGGCAGGCAAGGUACGUGUGUGGGGCCUGAUGUAUGCCAAUCCAGGUAUGCGUGCACCUGUCUGUCAGGUUGGUUUGGUGCGUGCUGAACCCCACUCGGCAAGAAGAGCACACAUGCCUGGAUCUGCGGGCGCACAGGGCUGGAUUUACCCUACCUGCCCCCUAGGCCCAGCUACUGUGCCGCCCCCCCGCCCCGCAUUUUCUGGAAGUGAAUCUUUAUCCAAUCAGGCAAUGGAAUACAGGGUUAUGGAAGAUAGCUCAUAGUACAAGUGGCAGUGUCAGUUAAAUAUUAAUUAUAAAACAAAAAAGUCCCUUUUUAAAUUUUAAAAUUAACUGUUUAAUAACCUACCAAGUUCCACUCUAAGAAUUGCAAAUUGCUAAUGAAAAAGUACAGUGACUGCAGCCACUUGUAGCUGAAUCCUAUUCCUGAUUGAAUGAUUUCAGUUGUAGGCCAUCAGUCACUGACAGACAUGCACUUUUUGGGGCGGCUCUGUGUGUGCUAUUGCACUUCCACUGUGCAAAGGCAGCUCGCGGUCACGUCGGGCAGCAUGCUCACUCCUUAUGAGAACAAGCACUGGCCAGGCUGCUCCCUUCUGAUUAGGCUGGCGCGCCCGCGCCGAGUGACGUAACGAUGAGGUAUGCAUGCGCAGUGACGUGAUGACGUCACGUGCCGCUGUGCACAGCGUGCAGCCGGAAGAAGAGGUCUGCACUGCUUUUUUACUCGUAUCUGUAGGAACUCAGCACAACACAAGCACACAGCAGGAGAGGAGCCCGGUUGGGGUGGCUACACGGCAGCCUUGCUAUUAUACACAUUCAUGCUGAGCUCAGCUGCGGCAGGUCAAUGUGGGGGGCGGGUGCUCUACUCUGUUUUGGGAGUGGGAACAUUUUACUAUAAGCUACAGACAGUAUAUAGAAGAUGUUAGGGGCGCCUGCUUGCCGCCCUAAACAUCUUGCCGCCCUAGGCCCAGGCCUAUGGGGCCUCUCCCUAAAUCGGGCCUGCAGGCGCACAGUAGUGGAAGAAGCCUAGAAGGGGGUCCCUGUGGAAAUUGUAGCUUAGGGGCCUCACAUAUCUGCCACUGAAAAACAAAGAGGCAUGCAGCAUAAAACGCAUAAAGUAAUUUACCAAUGAAGUGCAAUAAGUACAGGGAUAUGUAACACUUGUUACAGUUAAAAUCGUUGAAGCCCUUUUUUAUUAUAUCAGGGCAAAUAUAUGUUAUAGUGUGCCAAGCAGACAUACUGUAUAAAACCUAUUGUUGGACUGACUGUUGGUCGGUCUAGGUAGAGUGCUUCAGGGUGGGAAUUCACCAUUCAGUAUGGAUUGUUUAUCAGUCCAACAGAGGUUAUCUUAGGAGCAAGGAAAUGUUUACUUUUUGUACUGAAUUUUAUUUAGUUUUUUUUUGAAGAAGCGGAAAGAUGAAAGAGAUUCUAGCACCUAUACAGCCUUGUAAACACACCUGUGUCUCAGUAUUUUUCUCUUAUUGUUUGUUGCACUGAUGCUCAUGGCAGGUGCAUCAAUAAAUCUGCAUCUUCCAUCUAUACAGGGGAAUGCUUAUUUAUGGGUCAUAAUCAUAUGGUCACUGUAGUGAUUUAGAUACUCCCCAUCCAUGGCACAGUAGCUCCAGUUAUAUCUGCUCAGUUCAAUAAAUUGUAGUUUGUACAUUUCAUUAGUGACAGAUCUCAAGGUUUAUUAGAAGUACACAUUGAUUUUGUGUCUUCACCAUUUUUACAAGGCUCUAUUUUUUAUCUUACAGUAAAGCGUUUAUUUCUGGUAAGUUCCGGUAAUCAGUAGAGGCAGUUUACUUCUAAGGAUGCAUAUUUGCUUACUUUGGCAUAAGAGAAUGUAGCUUCCAUUUCCCUUGCCUCUAUUCACAUACAAACUGAACCACAUCAGUUUUUUUAACAAAUUACAUUUUCAUUUUAUACUGUGGAUAAGAGUGUCACUGAUCAGGUUUGUUUUAAAGAAUAAUUAGAAAAAACAAUGAUUUUAUUGGCAGGUGUGAUAAUGGUUUCCAAGUUGUAAUUUUGCUGACUGCUGUAUGCAUGGUACUAUUUCAUGUAACUUGAAACUUUGCACUUGCUCUGCACUUCUAUGAAUAACAGCCUAGACUUAAACACAAUGCUAUUUACUACACAUAUAUUCUUGCAUUACUAUUCAGCUGCUAUGCAGUAUUACUCCAUUGUUUAUGUACUUUAGACCUGUGAAAUAAUGUAGUGACAUUGGCUUAACCUGAUGUGAGAUGAAAGCAUAUAUACAUUUUUAUACGACAGAUGAACUUUACAAUUAACAACAGCACAUUUUCUUAAAGAUGAACUAUGUAUAAUAUGUCAACCCUGAAUAUUUACUAGUGCACUGGGGACUGAAAAAAUAAAAUGCCUGCCUCCAUCAUACAUAUUUUUCAAAGUUAGGGCAAUUCAGAGUUUGCAUUUGGCCACUUAGACUAGAAUUUUUGUUUAGGUGGUUUCAGUACCAAAAUCAAUUGUUACUGAAACAUAAAUAUCUUAAUA